CUCAGCGUUUGUUUACCUGCUGUAGUCAACAUGGUCGAGCUCGGAUUUUAACUUCGAGAUGUUUUUAAUAUAAAACUUGCUCUUUAGUAACUAGUAACCAUGGCUGCUGGUCCGAUAGCGGAGCGUAACCAAGAUGCCACCAUAUAUGUUGGAGGUCUUGACGACAAAGUGUCAGAAGGGCUACUUUGGGAAUUAUUUGUUCAAGCUGGACCAGUGGUGAACGUCCACAUGCCCAAGGACCGUGUUACCCAGCAGCAUCAGGGUUAUGGCUUUGUUGAGUUUAUGGGGGAGGAAGAUGCCGACUAUGCUAUAAAAAUUAUGAAUAUGAUAAAGUUAUUUGGUAAGCCCAUAAGAGUCAACAAGGCCUCUGCCCACCAAAAGAACUUGGAUGUUGGUGCAAACAUUUUUAUUGGCAACCUGGAUCCAGAGGUGGAUGAGAAGCUUCUUUAUGACACCUUCUCGGCUUUUGGAGUCAUCUUGCAAACACCGAAGAUUAUGAGAGACCCAGACACAGGCAACUCUAAAGGCUAUGCAUUUAUAAAUUUUGCAUCCUUUGAAGCAUCUGAUGCUGCUAUUGAAGCAAUGAAUGGGCAGUAUCUAUGUAAUCGAUCCAUUAGCAUAUCAUAUGCCUUCAAGAAGGAUAGUAAAGGAGAGAGGCACGGUACAGCAGCUGAGCGUUUGCUUGCCGCUCAAAACCCAUUAUCACAAGCUGAUAAGCCUCAUCAAUUGUUUGCUGAUGCUCCUCCACCGCCUACACAGUCUGCUCCUCCUCCUCCUGCACCACCACCACCUCCAUCAGCUGGAGUUGGAUCAAAUGCACCCCCUGGAAUGUCUGUGCCUCCUCCUGGCAUGCUAGUCCCACCUCCACCUCCAGUACCACCACCACCCGGCACUUCUGCUUCUGUUCCUCCUCUCCCUAAUGUUCCACCCACAACUUCUAUACCCCCACCACCUGGAUCUGCUCCUCCUCUUCCUCCCAUGCCUCCACCACCAUCAAAACCACCUCUUCCUGGACAGCCCCCUCUUCCACCCUCUGGUCCCCCAGGGCCUCCUAUGUCGGGGCCUCCAACAACCAACUCGGGACAGAUGCCACCAUAUGGACAUUACCCACCACGUCCUGGCAUGCCUCCACCUCCUUGGCAAGGUGGGCCUGGCAUGCCACCACCACCUGGUAUGCCCCCACCACGACCUGGUCCUCCAGGAAUGCCGCCUCCACCAGGAAUGAGACCACCACCACCAGGAUGGAGACCUCCACAUCCAGGUGGCCCCCCAAGGCCUCCAUUUGGAAGACCACCUUAUCCUCCAAGAGGUCCUCCUGGGCCGCCACCAAUGCCUGGAAUGGGACCACACAUGCGUGGUGGGCCACCACUACCUCCAGGCCCUCCCCCAUCUGGAGGACCUAUGCCUCCUGGUCCUCCCCCACGAGGAAUGAGGCCCCCACCUCCUGGGGUACCAGUUACUAGUGGUCAAGGUGGACCUCCUCCCCCAGGCAUGGCUCCGCCACCACCACCACCUCGUCCACCAUUACCACCCCCUCCUCCAGGGGGAGAAAAGUAAAUUCUAGAAAUCAGUCUUUCAAGAAGUCUAACAUGGAAUGGGUUAAUUUUCCAUACAAAAAUUUUAAAUUUACUUGUACUGUAUUGUAAAAUAUUCUAGAAGACUGAUGACUAUUAAAUUGUACACUGUAAUGUAAAUUACAUUUUUAAUAAAUAGUGCUUAAA